AUGUCUCUAGCAAAACCUGAAGACUCACAAGCCGUGGACCGAGUUCGUUGGCGGGAUGAGGAAGAGGGCCAGGGUAGCCGCAAAAGCCGUUCCGGAACCAGGCUUGGUCGUGCCAAUUCUACCGAUUCGCUUGCCAUACGAAGUGUUCAUGGCAGAAUCAUGGUCGAUCCUGCUGUUACGCUGCCUAUUCAGUAUCGUACCGUUUCAUACCAAAUAGAAGAAUCCAAAGGAAACGAACAACAAGCAGAGUAUAUAAGACCUAGCGAAGUUGAGGCCAAAGACUUGAGUAGCCUGCAGUGGCACACGAUAACGGUAGCAGAGGUUACCGAUAGACUAGUGACUUCCACAAUCAACGGGUUGUCAGAGACUCAAGCCAGAAGACGCCUUCAAGAGUAUGGGAAGAACGUGCCGUCGCCCCCAAAGUCGAACCGGAUCCUGACUAUGAUUGGUUACUUUUUCAAGGGCUUUGGUGGUAUUCUUCUGGUUGGCAGUAUCUUGGUCUUUCUGGCAUGGAAGCCCCUUGGAAAGCCGCCCCAGCUGGCCAACCUGGCGUUGGCGAUUGUUCUUUUGGCAGUCUUUUUUCUUCAAGCAGCCUUCACCAUGUUCCAAGACUGGUCAACUUCGCGUGUCAUGUCGUCAAUUAAAGCCAUGUUGCCAGAAGAGAGCCACGUAGUGAGAGACGGGCAGAUGGUUCAAGUGCAGGCUGAGGACCUUGUUCCGGGAGACCUCGUUGCUAUCAAAGCUGGCAACAAGCUUCCUGCUGAUUUGCGUUUCAUUGAGGUGUCGCCCGACCUCAAGUUUGACCGCUCUGUAUUGACUGGCGAAUCCAGACCCAUUGAGGCAACUGUUGACUACACGGACACAAACUACCUGGAAACGCAUAACAUUGGUCUCCAGGGGACACACUGUACUAUUGGAUCUGCCCUUGGUGUUGUUGUUGCGACUGGAGACCGGACUGUGUUUGGUCGUAUCGCCACCUUGACAAACGAGCCCAAGACGACCAUGACGACACUGGAAAGGGAAGUCCUGUAUUUUGUCUACUUUAUCUGUGCAAUCAUGCUCAUCAUGGUUGCCGUUGUCGUCAUCAUCUGGGCCGUCUGGUUGCGACGAGAUUACCCCAACUAUAUCAAUGUGCCUACUUUGGUUGUCGCCUGCGUCAGCGUCGCCAUAGCGUUCAUCCCCGAGGGCCUUCCUGUUGCACUCACUGCUGGCUUGACUAUUACCGCCAAUUUGAUGAAAAAAAACAAGAUUCUUUGCAAGUCUCUCAAGACUGUCGAAACGCUUGGCUCUGUGUCCGUCAUUUGCUCGGACAAGACUGGAACUCUGACUCAGGGUAAAAUGGCGGUUACGGAUUGCGCCAUCGGCACCACUGCCCUCUCGAUGCAACAGCUACACGAUGCCGCCCGCUCUGGCAAUGAAAAAGAAAAGCCGGAUGGCGUUCCAAUAUUUGGGCAGCUUGCUGCACUGGGAGCUCUGUGCAAUGCAGCCGAAAUGAGUGCUGCCCAAGCCGAUGCUGCUCUUGCAAGCCGACCUGUAUUUGGAGACGCGACCGACACCGCGAUACUGAAAUUCUCCGAGUCUUUUUCUCAGGGAAACGUUGAGUAUUUCCGAUCCUGCUGGAAAAGGGUGUUUGAACUUGCCUUUAAUAGCAAGAACAAGUUUAUGAUCCGGUGCUUCACCAUUGCCCGGCCUGAGGCGUUGGAUAGGACUCUGACUACCCAGGAUGCUAGCCGAUUCCAGAACAAUGAUUUGCUGCUGACCAUCAAGGGCGCACCAGAUGUCCUCGUCAAGAGAUGCUCGCACUACCUAGCAACCUCCGGAGAGGUUCUUGAACUCACUCAAGGGGCCAAGGCUACAUUUGAGAGCCUUCAAAGCAUGUAUUCUUCUCAGGGAAAGAGGUGUCUGUUCCUUGGUAGAAAAACCGUAACGGGCGGUAAACUUCAAGACGGUGGUGACUACGAGAAGUCGGCUGUCGAGGAGGCGAAAGCCGGUUUGACUCUGGUUGGACUUGUAGCCAUCGUUGAUCCACUGAGGCCCGAGAUUCGUGACGUCGUCUCUACCCUUCGUGGUGCUGGUAUCAGGAUUUCUAUGGUCACUGGUGAUUUCGCUUUGACGGCGUUGGCCAUUGCUCGGGAAGCUGGCAUCGUUACCUGUGUUCCUGUGGACGGCGCGUCAGAUCUGGAAAGAACUGCAGCAGAUGUCGGUUCCGGCCCUGAGGACACGGAGGAUGAAAAAGCAGCCAGUUUGAAGCGAGGCGCUUUAGUCAUCAGCGGCCCGGAGCUGACGAGCCUGACGCCUCACCAAUGGAGUCUCCUUACCGAGUACGAAGAGGUGGUGUUUGCAAGAACGACCCCGGAACAGAAACUUUCUAUCCUUCGACAAUACCAGAAGCAAAACAUUGUUGCCAUGACUGGUGAUGGUGUCAACGACGCGCCUUCUUUGAAGGCUGCCGAUGUUGGUAUAUCGAUGGGCAGCGGUUCAGGCAUUGCCAUGGAGGCCGCGGACAUGAUACUGCUCGACUCCUUUUCCUCGAUAGUUGUAGCCCUUCAAUAUGGACGAGUGGUGUUUGACAACUUGAAAAAGGUCAUCGCGUACCUGCUUCCUGCUGGCAGUUUCUCCGAAUUCUGGCCCGUUAUGACGUCGGUGAUUUUUGGUAUCCCGCAGAUCCUGUCGUCGUUUCUCAUGAUUAUUAUUUGCUGCUUCACUGAUUGUGCGGCCGCCACGGUCCUUUCCUACGAGAAGCCCGAAGCGGACGUCCUCCUCCGAAGGCCGAGGAACGUGAAGAAAGACCGGCUCGUGAAUUGGCAGUUGAUUUUCCACGCGUAUGCAUUCAUCGGCAUCACCGAGUCUCUUGCCUCGUUUGCAAUGGCCUUUUGGUAUCUGCAGCGGCAGGGGAUCCCAUUCAAAGACCUGUGGAUGAGUUUUGGCGUGCUGCCGCCUCACAUUGACCCGGACUACUACAGUCAAAGGUUGAACGAGGCUUCAUCCAUCUACUUUGUCAACUUGGUUGUCAUGCAGUGGUUCAAUCUGAUGGCCACGAGGACGAGACGACUCAGCAUCUUCCAGCACCCCCCUCUGUUCGACAAGGAGACGCAGAACUUGUACCUCUUCCCGGCAAUUGUGUUUGCCUUGGCAAUGGCGAUAUUGUGGCUGUAUAUCCCCCCUUUGCAGCCCAUCAUCCAAACGGCCAACGUGCCUGUGGAGUACUGGUUCUUGCCGUUUUCUUUUGGCAUCUACAUCAUGCUGAUUGAUGAGGCCAGGAGGUAUUGGUGCGACCAAGUCAGACCGUCAUGUUCUCGCUGCGUGAGACUCAAACUCUACUGCGUAGGCUCUGGCUAUCAGCGGUAUAAAUUCCACGACGUAUCGACCGCCUUUGCCAUUGUCAACAGCCAAGUGAGCAGACGACGCGCCGCGGCCAACAGAGCAGAUGUCGCCUCCAUCGUCACAGUCCCAGGCAGCGAGGUGACCGUCACCGCCAGCGCGCUGGGGUCCGUCUUGGACGUGACAGACCCCAGGUAUGAUGUUUUCGCCUUUGGAUCGUUUAUGAGAGAGCUCCCCCGGCGCCUCGGGCGCAGUGUCGCCCUGGACGCCUCGGCCGCCGCCUUUGUCGGCGCCCUGGGAGACUUGCGCACCAAACAGCACACAGCGGAUACCAUAAGAAAGUACGUGGGAGCCUUGAGUGCCGUGCAGAAGAGCCUGGGGGACGAGAGCACGGCAUACUCGGCCGAGACGCUGUGUGCCGUGUAUCUGGUCAUGGCCGCGCAGCCGUGGCUGUCCUUCAAGGGCGACCGCCAUCCCAGUCACGGCUUGGGCAUGUCGCAUUUGCUCAGGAUGCUGGUCGACAAGCAACCUCAUGACGAUUUCCUGCGGACGCUGAUGGCAUCAGUCAGCGUCGUGGUCAUCCUCGAGAGCAUCUUUAACCCGGCAAUCCAGCUAGAGCCGUGGAUACACAAGGUUCACACCCUGGCGAGCAAGGAGGAAGUGGACGCGGCCUUGAAGCUGGGUCUCAAUUUCCGGUCCCUGGACAUGCCAUGGCUCUCGAAGCUGCCCGGGCUCAUACGGAACCCCGUCGGCAACAGCGCCACCAUCAAGACGUACUAUGAGAUGAUACGCACCGACUACCCCGGCAUGAAGAGAUUUGCGGACAGCGUCAUCGAGGCGAGAUGCGUCGGGCCACCGACUUCUCUUCCCCUCAAGCUUGUGCGGGCGCAGACCCAGUUCCACGCGGCCCAGAGCCUUGUCCUGGCCAUCGCCAUCACCCUGAAUGGCUUCAUGAGAAAACACUUUGGCCCUCGUGACCUCUUGGCCGCCGAGAGAUACGGCUUCUGCUCUGACGUGGUCGAGCUUGCCGAGAGGGCACGACACCGAAGGCCCCUGGCGGCCGCGCAUAUCCCGCUGUGUCUCAUCGCCGCCUGGCUCUCCUCGCGGGAUCCCACUCAGCAGACGCGGCUGGGACUGCUGCUGGAUGAGUGCGCAAAAGACUACGACCUCAUUGAAACGGUCCGGGGCUCAACGCACACAGGGGAGCAAGAUAAGGCGGGCGUCAUUCGUAGAUUCGCCCGCUUCCCGAUGCAGACGGCGGGCGGGCAGAGCGAACCGGCGGGACGACAGGCCGGGCCCGAGGGCUACUGCGCAGAGUAUUGCAGUAUUCUGUAA